CUGAUACUGUGUAGGACCCCCCCCUCCCACUUGCUACCCUCCGUCUAGAUUAUGUUCUGUAUCCGUGGUCUUCUUCUUUGGGUAUUUCUUGAUGUGCGUCGCUUCUUUGGCUCAGAGUUUCUCUUCCUCGACGCUGACACUAACGCUACCCACCAGCACCACCCUUCCAAAACGUGCGUGUGAUCUCUUCAACUUCUUACUGCGCUUACUACAUGGUACUCAGCAAUGCCCUUUGAGCACGAUACCUUACCGCUACAUUUGCGCGUCCUUGACCCCCUCCGCUUUCGUCACUUGCUAUCUGCCCGUGCACUCACGUGUGUAGUGCCUGUCUUCAGGUUUUUCUGUCUGAGUUUGUGCUCCUCCAUAAUUCCUUCUUAAUCUGUCCAUGAAUGCGUACUGACUGAGA